AUGGAGUACAUUGUUGCUAGAGAAGAGGAGAAACACGGAGAAGCAGCUGACAUAAUUGUAAUUCCUCAAAUUGUCACUUUGUAUCUUCACAACAUGCCAAAACUUAGAAGUUUUUGCCAAGGGAAGUAUAUUUUAGAGUGGCCCUCCUUGAAAGAGUUUAUUGUCGAAGAUUGUAAAGCUGUGGAGGUGAUUCUAGGAAAUGCCAGUCGUACAUUAGAGGGCAGCGUUUCGAUGCAGCGUCCACUUCUACUCGUCGAAAAGGUUGAGUUCCCCAAUAUGGAGUUGAUGAAGAUCUUGCGAAUGGAUAACAUGGAGAAAAUAUGGCUUGAUGAUCCUGCUUCAAAUGCCUUUAGCAAACUCAAGACUCUAGAAGUGCAGUAUUGUGACAAACUUUCAUCCAUAUUUUCAUCUUAUACAAUGCUCACGAGAUUUCAAAACCUAGAGAAGAUAGUCGUAACUAAUUGUGAAUCCUUAGAAGUGGUAUUUCACAUCCAAGAGUUCAAUUUUAGCGAAGCUCAUUCUACAAGCACUUUUCUCUUGAGAGAAUUAGUUUUGAUGUGGCUCCCAAAAAUGAAGCACGUGUGGAGUGGAUUCUGUCAAGGAGGUCUUUCCUUUAGAAGCUUAAGAUACAUGCAAGUUAUCGAGUGUGGGAGUCUCAAAAAUUUAUUUCUAAGCUUGGUGGCAAAAAGUAUGACAGGGCUUGAAGAACUUGUAGUACAAUCUUGUGGAGUGGAGCAAAUUAUAAUAGAGGAAGACGGAGUAGGCAUGAGUACAAGUAAUCUCUUCUUUCCAGGAUUGACCAACUUAACGUUACUUGAGUUGCCGGAACUGAGGAGCUUCUAUGAGAAUAGUCAUACUUCAACAUGGCCACACUUAAAGGAAUUACGAGUUAGACACUGUGGUAAGAUGAGGUCAUUCUCAUCCGCUUGUGAAAUUCAAAGUUGCCAAGGUACAACUAUGAAUGGGUACCAACCUGCAAUCUUUUCUCCUGAAAAGGUCAUUCCACACUUGGAGGAAUUAACAUUAGUAAGGGAGGAUAUUGAGAUGCUACAGCAUUACUUCUUUGGCAAUCUCAAAGAUCUAGCUUUGGGAUGGUACCAUGAUGAAAAUGUCGCUUUUCCCUCCAACUUCCUUCUCCAUGGAUUCCCCAAUCUAGAGCUUCUUUCUGUGAUCUGUAGUUCCUUUGAGGAAGUAUUUCCAGAAGAUGCGUCUGGACAUAGGGAGUCAACUCCCUGCGAAGGACCUACUAAUGUGGAGAAACCUCUCAAGGCACUUGGGAAUUUGAAACAAUUGGAGCUGUUGAACCUGUGGAACCUAAAGCAAUUUGUCAAUCGUGCUUCCAUCCCCGACUUCAUUCGAGAGAUUAAAGCAGUUAGAAGUAAAGGAUUGCGCUGGUUUAGUUCAUAUGGGGACUUGCUCAGCAGUGACAAGUUUGAUGCACCUUACUUGGCUAACCCUAAGAAAUUGCGAUACGAUGGAAGAUGUGGUAACGGAUGA